GUUUGGAGCGACAUGAGGGAACCAUGACGAUGAACACCACAGUAGACAACACCACCAGCCCCGCAGUGACAACCAACCCAACUCCAACAGCCCCUCCGGCCCACCUCACCGAGCCCUACAGAGUCGCCCUGAUCAUUAUCUACACUGUAGUCCUUCUGGUGGGCAUCACGGGCUUAACCGUCAUGAUCAGCCUGCUAAAAACCAACAUUCGCUCGUUAAUCACCAUCGCCUUCCUGAACUUGAUGGUCGCACACUUUCUUUUCCUGCUCACCGUGCCAUUCAGAAUCUACUACUACGCGUCCCAAACAUGGCAGCUGGGUCAGGGAUUCUGUAAACUGGUCAGCGCCAUGGUGCAUAUCCACAUAUACAUGGUGUUCACCAUCUACUCCAUUCUUCUUACGGUUCGCUUCCUGCAUUUUUACAAGAAAACGCAGCGGACUGAGUUCUACAGGCGGCUGCACGGGCUGGGCGCGAGCGUUCUAGUGUGGUGCAUCCUGUUAAUCAUCAUGCUGCCCCUCGUGCUGAUACAAUACGGACACAAAACCAUACCAGAAAACCAGUGCUUCAAAUUUGGGGAUGAAUUACAGGACCACUAUGUCUACGCCCUGAACAUGGUUCUGUCCAUCCUUAUUAUCACCGUGUCGUGUUUUCAGACCUGCAUCCAGGUGAUCAUCCUACGCCAGAUGAUACUCAAGUACGGAGCCACCAGCAGCUCCCAGCAGGAGUUUUGGGUCCAAAUAAAAAACCUCAGCUUUGUACUCAUCUUGCUCACUUGCCUGGUACCUUACCACCUUUUUCGGCUGCAAUACCUGAACAACACUAAAGACCUUCAUCAGAUCAAUGAAGUGUUUCUGGCCAUCACCGGGCUUACGUGUUUCGACAUGCUGACGUUCACAGGGAAGAGCAUAUGUAAAGUGUGCUGGACAUAAAGCGGAUAAAAACUGUACAUAUAUAGACGCUAUUUUCCGCAUCACUAAAGGUCUGCAGAUGUGAAGCUGGAAACCGUAGCCUAUACCAUGUUAGCUGUAAUUUGUGCCAAAAUAGUGGUUAAUACAAUCAUCUGUGACUCUGAAAGCUUUUUACAUUGUUUGAAAAGCAGACCUGUUUGUUUUUAUUUUUUUUAUCAUGUAAUUUCUUGUACCAUGACAAAUACAAUGUAGCAUGGUAGGCUAGGCCUAUAUAUUAAAGUAACAGUAACAAUGCUAUCAUUCGAUA